CCGGCGGAAGGCGCGCGCGCUGGCUCCCCGCACCAGUCUCGGGGUGCGCGGGACUCCGGACGGCUCAGGAACCGUUUCUGCGCAGAGAUACCAACGGUCCAGACUGGCACUGGCGGGCAGGUUCGAAGCAGGAAUUUGCCGGCGUCGGCCGCUCCGGCCGGUGGCAGAGCUGGGGGCAGGCGCACCCCACCGACCCAGCAGGAUGGCCCCGCCCCGGGGCAGCGGGGAGGCCCCACUGUGGGGGGCGGAGUUGGCGCCUCUCUUGCACUCACGCUCAUCCCCCGGGACCGCGGGCCCUUCUUAAGCCCGCGGAGUCUCGGCUGCCCCUCACUCGCCUCUCCCGCCACUCUCCCUCCGGCGAGAUGGCCUCGGCUCUGAUCUAUGUCUCCAAGUUCAAGUCCUUCGUGAUCUUGUUCAUCACCCCUCUACUGCUGCUGCCACUCAUCAUUCUGGUGCCCGCCAAGUUUGUCAGGUGUGCUUACGUCAUCAUCCUCAUGGCCAUUUACUGGUGCACAGAAGUCAUCCCACUGGCUGUCACCUCCCUCAUGCCAGCCCUGCUCUUCCCACUUUUCAAGAUUCUGGACUCCAAGCAGGUGUGUAUCCAGUACAUGAAGGACACCAACAUGCUGUUUGUGGGUGGCCUUAUGGUGGCUGUGGCUGUGGAGCGGUGGAACCUGCACAAGAGAAUCGCCCUGCGCACGCUGCUCUGGGUGGGCGCCAGGCCUGCACAGCUGAUGCUAGGCUUCAUGGGCGCCACGGCGUUUCUCUCCAUGUGGAUCAGCAACACGGCCACCACCGCCAUGAUGGUACCCAUCGUGGAGGCCAUACUGCAGCAGAUGGAGGCCACGAGCCUUUCUGUGGAGGCUAGCCUGGGGUCUCUGGAGCUGGCUGAGAAAGGCAAGAACAGUGAGCUUCCAGGGAACCAAGUGAUUUUUGAAGGCCCUGCCACCAGGCAGCAGCAGGAGCGUGACAGGAAGAGCAUGUGCAAGGCCAUGACGCUGUGUGUGUGCUACGCGGCCAGCAUCGGAGGCACCGCCACCCUGACCGGGACGGGACCCAAUGUGGUGCUCCUGGGCCAGAUGCAUGAAUUGUUUCCCGGCAGCAAAGACCUCGUCAACUUUGCCUCUUGGUUUGGCUUCGCCUUCCCCAACAUGCUGAUAAUGCUGCUGCUUGCCUGGUUGUGGCUCCACUAUACUUACAUGGGAUUCAGUUUUAAAGAGUCCUGGGGCUGCAGCGUGGAGAGGACAACGAACGAGCAGGCUGCGUAUGAGCUGCUGCGUGAAGAGUACAGGAAGCUGGGGCCCUUCUCCUUCGCGGAGAUCAAUGUCCUGCUGUGUUUCCUCCUGCUGGUGGGCCUGUGGUUCUCCCGAGACCCUGGCUUCAUGCCCGGUUGGCUGUCCCUCGCCUGGGUAGAGGGUGAGAAGAACUAUGCCACGGAUGCCACCGUGGCUGUCUUUGUGGCCAUUUUGUUGUUCAUUGUGCCUUCAGAGAAGCCAAAGUUCAACUUCUGCAGUCAGACUGAGGAAGAAAUGAAAACUCCAUUUUAUCCCCCUGCACUGCUAAACUGGAAGGUGACCCAGGAGAAGGUUCCAUGGGGCAUUGUGCUUCUCCUGGGGGGCGGAUUUGCUCUGGCUAAAGGAUGCGAGGCUUCGGGACUGUCUGAAUGGAUGGGGAAGCAGAUGGAACCCUUGCAUACUGUGUCGCCAGCAGCCAUCACCUUGAUCUUGUCCUUGCUCAUUGCUACGGUCACAGAGUGCACGAGUAAUGUGGCCACCACCACCCUGUUCCUGCCCAUCUUUGCCUCUAUGUCACGUUCCAUUGGCCUCAACCCGCUCUACGUUAUGCUCCCCUGUACUCUGAGUGCAUCCUUUGCCUUCAUGUUGCCUGUGGCCACCCCACCUAACGCCAUUGUGUUUGCCUAUGGACAUCUCAAGGUUUCCGACAUGGUGAAAACCGGACUAAUGAUGAACAUAAUCGGAGUCUGCUGUGUGUUCCUGGCGGUCAACACCUGGGGACGAGUCAUGUUUGACUUGGAUAACUUUCCUGACUGGGCUAAUGUGACGCAUAUUGAUACUUAGGGAGAGUCUCAAGACCAGCCACGUAGCCCCACCCUCCUGAAGACUCUUGGAACUUACCUUGCAGCAGAGCUGUGGGAUCUAUGCCUGGAAGUGACUCCGUGAUGCUCAUCCCCUCAAGACCCAGCCAAUGGGCCACCUCUUCACCUAGAUUGUGCUUUAAAGAUGGGGCUGAGCAGCUGCAGGGCAGGCAAGAGGUGAAGGGGGCCCUCAGGAGGCUGGUACUGCCUUCUUUCUGGGGGCCUUGCCAUAGUUUCUGGGGUGGGCAGCCUUCUGCUCCCACUUUGCCUCCAGCUGACCCAACACUAGGCUUUGGUGCCCACUUGUUUAGUACCAGGGUUUUCUAAGUAGGAACCAGAUCCUCAGCUUGGACAGUGAAGAAACACCUUCCAGAUCCUGUGACUCUUCUGCUCACUCGGGCUGCCUUGGAUUGACCUUUCCUGUUAUUUUGAAGGGGAAACUCCAGGGCAGGGAGAGAAUUUGCUGCUGCUGGGGAGCAGAGAUCAGCGCGCCUGGACGGAGCAGGAGAACCUUAUCCAGGAUGAGGAAUUUGAAUCCUGAACUUCCGAUGGCAACACCCACAGCACAUCUGUGGCUAAACUCCCCCCCACCCGUUUCAUCCGCUCUUAGACCCCUUUCUCAGUGCCUUAUUCAAUCUUUUGGUCCCCCUGUUGUCUGGGCAAACAUUUGCUGGAAUCUCCUGGCUGGGACUCUCUAGCCCCCUCUCUUCUUGGUUGGUUCUCAGCUGCUCGGUUUGGUUCUCCCAGGAAAUGCCUUCUUCACAUGACUGGAGACCAUACUCCACAUCUGGGCAGUGAUAGCUAUUUGGGGGCCACCAUGUCCCCUUACCUACAACAUCACCUAUGGACAUAGCUGUUAAUGGCCAACAGCAGGGUCACUCUGGGGGGUUGUCAUGCCAAAGUUCAAGUCCCAGGGAAACCUUACCCUCAUUGAAUGGCCAUGGCAGCAACAGCGCUUUGCUGAGAACCAACAGUGCCUAGGGGCUCUGGAGCCAUUAGCCCCUGUCCGUGAGCGAUUUUAUCCACAAUUGCAGGGCAGAGACUCUCGCAGGGGGCCCUCAGGACUCCUGUGAAAGAGAGAUGGGAGACAUCCCCCCCCUUUGCCUCCCAGCCCCAUUUUCUUUGCUUCUCAUGCUGCUCUAAGAGAGCUGAUGGUAGAUGCAUGAGGUCCGUGGAGGGCCCUUUUCAGGGAAGGAGAAAGUAUAGGAACCCACAGAAGCCGCUCAAGCACCAAGCAUGUAUAUGAUUCCUUUGGUGGGAAUAGUCCUGACCCUGCCUGGCUCCCAGAGGAAGGUGAGCUGGCCACCUAAGCUUCCUGCUAUGUGUGUGUGGCAGGUAGGGCACUAAAUGAACACCCCCUGCUCCUUUGAGUCCACUUGUCUCCCACACCAGGUGCAUCACCAACUCUCCCACUGGAUCUCUGCAGCAUCCCUGUGAAACUCUCAGCUGCUGCCCCGUGGGGCUCAGAGAGGUCAGGUGUCAAAGUUAUACAUCAGGUCUGUGCAGUUAAGGUUCCAUCCCAGAUCUACCUCCAGGCUCUCUCUUGCUCUUAGCAUUAAGGGACUUGCUCAUAAAGGUCCUGUAGAUAAAGAUGGAUGGCCAAAAGCAAGUCCAUCCCAAUGUCCUGCCAUGAAAAGGGUUACUUGUUUUCCACCAAGAGGAAAAAGCCACCUACCCCUUUGUCCUGCUCUUUAGGCCCCUGCUCUAAUAGCCCAAGAGCUCAUUGAGGACUUGUGCUGCCCUCAUGGCCAGAGCAGGUCACCUGAAGUGUGGCCUGAACAUAGGUGAAUGAUCUCACUAUGAAUAGGAAAGGAAAGGAUUCAGUGUGAUGGCAAAGGGCUCUGCCAAACUCCUGCUGGUCGAGAGCUGACAGGAGAGUUGAGUGGGGACUUCGUGAGGGCAGAUCCAAGGCUUAGGAGGCAAAACCAAAGGCUUGUUCUGAACGCACCUAUUGAUGGUGACUGGAGUUGCAUCAACAUUUAUGGCCAGUGUCAAUUAGGACCACUUUGUUCUGUGAGUAAAAGGUAGCCUAGCUAUGGGGCUAAGGACGUAAGGUCAUUUAAUAUUUACUUAACAGGAAGUCUGGAGGCAGGCAUAUGCUGGCAUGGGUCUGGUAGCUCAUCAGGCCAGUAAGACUUUGGCUCUGUUGUCCACUCUGUCACCCUAAGGGACAUGUGCCUUUGCUUCACUUUAUAUUGACUCUGAUGCCACAUACACAUCUGCAUUGAAAGCAGGAAGAAAGGGGGUGUAGGUGUGGGCAUGAGGGUGCCAAUUGUGUAUUCUUCCCGAAUGUUAUUGGGAAAGCAAAGGCUUUCUCAGAAGCCGUCACAGGUCUCCUAUUCUUUAUAUUUUUUUCAGAACUGAGUUAUAUGUCCACUCUUGGGAUAAUCAUCAACAAAGGGGAAUUAGAAUAACAUAGACCAGUCAAGGAACUAAUUUAUUUGGCUUGGAGAAUAGGUCUAUUUUUCCUGAAAUCAAGAUUUCUAUCUACUACAAACUCGGGGUGCUGUCAGGAACAAAAGGGAGUAGAGGAAAGUGGCGGGUAGGGUCUGGUACUAUGGCCAUUUUGCAGGGUUGUUCUCACUCCAAGCUCCCUGUCCAUGAAAUUCAGUAGAAACAUGUUCCCAAGUACACAGAGAGGAGGUGGAGUUUGGUCAAGAGCUGAAGUGCUGUUUCCUGGGCUGAAGAGAGGCGAGGCCCUUUCCAGGUGACCUACUCAAGGAGGAAGCUCAAUGUGAAUGAUUGACCUGACAUCUGAUUCUAAGCAGUCAGGCCCACUCUUUGUACCCUGAUUCUCAUGGAGAAGGGGCUCGACCCAGGAGCUCUAGGGGCCUUUUUGUAGUGUCAUGAACUUUUAACCCAACUGCCAAUGCAAAUCUCACCUCAGCUCCUGUACUCUCAGCCCGAGUCAAGCACAGGUCAUCACACAUUCCAUAGCUCCCCUCUAUGUCUCAGCCAGCGGUCAGAAGCCCACUCAGAACUUUCUUACCCAAGACCUUUCUCUGCCUUAUUCGCUCUAACACUUUGUAAAGACAUUUCUAUCCAAGACAUUUUCCUGCCCAAGACAUUUCCCCUUCAGACCUUUCCUGCCCAAGAUAGUUCCCUCUCAGACAUUUUCUUGCCCUUAACACUUUGUGAAAACAUUCUACCCCUUUGAAUUUGACAUUUGGGACCAGGGUUAGCCAAACUGAACACGUAAUCCCAACUAGGUUUAUUCUCUGAAUUGGUUUGCCAGAGACUGGGAAGCUAUGCAUUCCCCUUGUCCUGGUCCUGGGACUGGGAGUUUCUGUGGGUGCUUCCUCCCCAACCCUCUGAGCCAACAGCUCCCUUGGGGGAUGAGCUGGGCAACCUCAUCUGGCUGCAGGGCAUUUCCAGAGCCAUGAAGCUGUCCCUCCUUCCCAACACCUCCCACACUAACAGUUCAGAGUGAGGCUUUGUUCUGAAGGCCAACCAGAACAGUUCACUAACAUAGAGUCCCAUUCUCAGAAAUGAACCCAAUAUUCUUGGGUAAGACCCUUGGUGAUAUGGUCUUGGUUGCGGAGGUAAAAUCUCAAUGCUGCAUUGUCAGGCUAAAAACACACACCUGGUGGUCCUACAACUAGGUUGAACCCUUUCUUCCUGGGAUUCUGCUCCUCACCCCAAGGCAUUAGAGAGCCUUGUCUCCACUCUACCAGGAAAGCUUAUUUUCACAUUAAAAGGAGUCCACCAGGAUAAAUCCUCUCCUCCACACCAUGAGAGAGGUUUCAGAUUAUAUAUCAGAUAGAUAAUUUUAGGCAGGAGUCUUGUAAUUAGAUAUCAGCCUGUUUCACUUGGUAUCUUGAACCAGCACUCAGAAUCUCGCUUCCUGCCUCAGGAUGCUUGCAGGUGCUUCUCUGAUAUGCUUGUCCAAAUGCCCACUUCCACCCUCAGAGACAGGUAGCUGCCCUCUGGGGGAAGUAUGAAGUGAGCAGUCUCUGUGUGCCGAUGGCUAGCCAUCCAGGGUAGGACAGUAUAAAAAAUUCAAUCUGAGAACACCCUUUUCUCCAGGAAAUUUUUAUAUUUAAACAGUAAUGUGAAUACAAUAAAAGAAUUUCCAAUAGUACAAACUUGAGGGUCCCAUUCCCUAACCUUUGUGACCCCAGAAAGGCAAUUUCUGAACAGUUUCUUAUGUAUUCUUUUUAAAACAAUACAUGUAUGCAAGCAUGUAAUAUAUAUUCUGUUACAUAUGGGAGCAGAUUACAUGGGUCCUUGUUUCCACUCCUGUAUCACCACUUAAUUUAUUUGAAGAUUAUUUCAAUUCAGAACAUAUUAAAUUUGACAAGGUUUUUUUUUUAAUUCAAUAGUUCAUCCUUUAAAUUGAGGAAAAACUAAAUGCAGUGAGUUGCAGAUCUUAAAUGUGCAACUUACUGAUAAUAGACAAACUCAGAGACCCUUUAACACUCCAGGUCACUCCUCUCCCCAGGAAGUUCUUCCAUUAUUAUAAUCUCUGCCAUUAUUCUGCACCUUCCCAUGGUGAUCAGUGUUCAGUCUGUUGCCAUGGAGUCUUUUCCCCUGUUGAACUUCAAGCAAUGAAAUCACAGUUACAUACCUGUUUGUAUCUGAUAUGUUUGCCGUACAAAAUGCUUUUAAAAUUCAUUCCUAUUGUAUAUAUCUGUUCAGUCUUUUACCAUUGUUGUAGUGUUUCAUUAUAUUGAUGCUGCAAUUUGCUUAUUUUACCAUGGAUGGAUAUUUGAGUGGUUCCAGUUUGGGGCUUUUAUGCAAAAAAAAAAGCGAUAAUAAAAUUCUCUGUACAGUUUUUUCGCACAUAUGCCUUGAAGAAAGCUUGUCUAGUAAUGAAUUGUUAAAUGUGUUAGAUAAUAAAUGGUUACCUAUUGAU